AUGCGGUUGGUCGCGAGCUUGUUGUGCCUGGCCGUGGUGGCCAGCGCCUACCACGAGAAGUUUGAUGGAGGGUGGGAGAGCCGCUGGGUGCACAGCGAUGACGCCAAGUACGCGGGCAACAAGCUGGUGGUCGAAACACCCGAGGGUGGCAGCGAUCCCGCUCUAAAGAUCCCGGAGAAGGCACGGCACUACGGGAUCAGCGUGGCCCUGCCCGAGCCGGUCGACCCGGCCAAGGGCCUCGUGCUCCAGUACGAGCUGAAGCUGCCCUCCGCGGGUCUUACCUGCGGCGGCGCCUACCUCAAGUUCGUGACCGCCGACCCGGGCUUCUCCCCCGCGGGCCUGGUGGACUCCACCCCCUACACCAUCAUGUUUGGGCCGGACAAGUGCGGCAGCACCAACAAGGUGCACCUCAUCCUGCGCCACAAGAGCCCCAAGACGGGAGAUAUUGAGGAGAAGCACCUGAAGACGCCCCCCGUCUUCCCCAACGACGACCUGACCCACGUCUACACCGUGGAGCUCAGCCCCUCUGACAACACCUACCGCAUGCUGAUCGACGGCGUGGAGAAGAAGGCCGGCGCGCUGGCGGACGACUUCCUGCCCCCUUUCAACCCGCCGGAGACCAUCGCCGACCCCGAGGACGUCAAGCCUGAGGACUGGUUGCCCAUCCCCGACCCCGACGCGGUCAAGCCCGAGGACUGGGACGAGGACGCGCCGCUGCAGAUCCCCGACGAGGACGCGGUGAAGCCUGAGGGCUGGCUGGACUCCGAGCCGGCCGAGAUCGAGGACCCGGCCGCGCACCAGCCCGAGGACUGGGACGCAGAGGAGGAUGGCGACUGGGAGGCGCCGCUCAUCCCCAACCCUGCCUGCUCCGUCGGCUGUGGCGAGUGGAAGCGUCCCACCAAGCCCAACCCGGCCUACAAGGGCAAGUGGACCCGGCCUCAGGUGGCCAACCCGGCGUACAAGGGCCCCUGGAAGCCGCGCGACAUCCCCAACCCCGCCCACUUUGUGGACGCCGCGCCGCUGUCCCACGUCGGCUCCAUCGGCGGCGUGGCCCUGGAGGUGUGGACCAUGGACUCCGACUACUACUUCAGCAACGUGGUGGUGAGCAACGACGCGGCGGAGGCGGCGGCAGUGCGUGAUGCGACCUGGGCGCCCAAGCACGCCGCGGAGGCGGCGGCCGCGGAGGCCAAGUUCAAGGCCGAGGCGGCCAAGAAGAAGGCGGCAGGCGACGACGAGGACGAGGACGACGAGGGCCCGGUGGAGCGCCUGCUCGCCGCGGUGUUCGACUCCCCGCUCCUCGCACCGCAUGCUGCGCGCCUGGCCCCCGUGCGGCGGUACACGGAGGAGAACCCGCAGCUGGUGCUGGGCGGUGUGGCUGGCCUGACCCUUGCCCUCCUGGCGCCCCUGCUCAAGGCACUGGUGGGCGGCGGCGGCGGCCGCAAGCCUGCCGCGCCCAGCGUGGCCCAGACGCACCCCGACCGUAUACAUGUUUUUGUCUUGCAUCCUUUCGCACUGAACUCACGCCCUGUUUAA